CAAGCAGAAGUUCAAGGCAGGCUUUGAUGUCAGGGAUUAUGGUGAGCAGGGUGUGAUGGGCAGGGCAAGUGCUCCCAUCAUUUGAGGUCCAGCUGAAGCCAAACAAGACUUUCUUCUACCUCAACGAUGAGGCUCUGGGUGUGGACAUCGAGGCUUGGUGAGUCCCCUUGUCCCCAGCCUGGCCAGAGGAGCAGGAAUGCCAAGAAACUGAAUGGGUAAAGAAGCAGGCCACUUCUGUGGCACUUAAGGCUGCCUGAUGAGGUUUUAUGGGCUACCUCCACCAUCUUGUGAGGUUGCACAGGCUCUAUCUGCAACCCAACAGGAAGCUUUAUGGGACGCAUUUAUCACUUCCCAGGGUUGUGUAGGUCAGCAAUGAAACCAUCUAAGUUUCCAGGGGUCACUCUGCCCCUCCCAGAGAUUUACCACCAUCCCUGCAGCCUCAUGAGGUCAUACAGGACAUCUCUGCAACCACACGAAGUUGUGUGGGUGCUUCAGAGCCAGUGGAAUGACCCUCCACCCACCCCCAGGUAUGUUUUCAAAGAGCCAGUGGAUGGACAUGCUCUGGCCAUCUUCGGGGUGAAGUUGCAUUCCCACCAGAUGCCCAUCCAGAGUUCCCUGCAGAGAGUGGAGGUGACUGAGUCUUGACCUCUCCCCGCACCAACUUCCCCCUCCAUCAACCCUCCUCUACUCCCCAAGAAACCAUCUCCUCUUCUCUCUCUCACCCUGAGAGCAGAUCUCUGAAGGUCUGGGCCACGUCUCCCUCCAGAAGGACACACUGAUGUCCACAUUCCAAGGCCCAGAAGAGGACUUCAUUGGGGCCUCAAUCUUUGUCAACGUCACCGUGUUCUCUUCAGGUGCCACCCUCACCCAAGCUUUUGGCUGAGGUCAGGACAGUGUUCUUACCCAACCUAGACAUUCCACCCAUGUGACCACGGGCCCACCUCCCAGCCCAUUUCCUCAUCAGAGAAAUGCGAAAAUGCCAGAAAGGCUGGAAGGAGCUGAGAUUGUGUUACUGUCUGUCCUUGUCUUCACCAAGACAGGCUUCCCAUACCAGCAGCCCUGCCACUCCCCCAAGAAACUGGAUCUCCUCCAUAGACCUCACAGUCCCCUGUCUCUCCAGGGGGUGAGAUGGUCCAGGCUGAGACCUCUGGGGUGAAGAUCAUCCGGAGCCCAUACAGCAUCAAGUUCAUCAGGACACCCCAGUAUUUCAAGCCUGGGAUGCCCUUCCACGUUAAGGUCUUCGUCUCAAAUCCUGAUGGGUCCCCAGCCUCUAGAGUCCUUGUCCGAUGCCAAGACAAACGAGACUGCACCUCAGCCAAUGGAGUGGCCAUUUUGACCAUCAACACAAAUGCAAAAAAUCGGGAGAAGCUCCCUAUCCUGGUAGAAACUGAUGAGCCUCUCCGGCCAGAAGAGCAGGCUUCAGCCAAUAUGACAGCUUGGCCUUACUCGACUCAGGGUGGGUCAGGGAACAUCUUGCACAUUGAGGUGAAGACAGUCGCAGAGCUGAAGGUUGGUUUGAAGAAAGAAAGAACCUUCCAGACUUUGAAGCCCAACAGCCAAGUGGAAGUGAAGGUGACAGGUGAUGAAGAGGCCACAGUGGGGUUGGUGGCCGUGGACAAGGCUGUCUAUGUCUUGAACAGCAAACACAAGCUCACACAGAAGAAGGUCUGGGAUGUGGUGGAAGAACAUGACAUUGGCUGUACAGCGGGCAGUGGGAACGAUGGACUUGCUGUGUUCAAGGAUGCUGGAUUGGACCUGAAGAUGAGCACGGGGAUGCACACCCCAGCAAGCUCAGACUGGCAGGGUCCUCAGAGCCCACCUGCCAGCCGUCACCGCCGCUCCUUGAAAUGGCUGGAGACCAAGAGGAAUGCAGGUUACACCCACAUGCUGACCCACCGGAGUGCACACGGCACCUACCACAUCAGCAACGGACACCUGGGAAGCACCUGGCUCACGAGCUACGUGUUCCGGGUCUUUGCCCUGGCCUACUCUAUCAUGACAACCAGCACGUUUGAUCUGCAUUCUCUCUGUGCCACUGCCAACUGGAUCAUCGCCAAGAGGCAGGCAGAGGAUGGGCACUUCUUGGAGAAUGGCCCUGUGAUCAUGGCAUUGAUGCAGGGUGGCUACCGAGGCUCUGAAGCAAACAUAGCCCUCACAGCUCUUGUCCUGAUUGCCCUGGAUGAGGGGAGGUACUUGUGCAGCCGGGAGAUACCGAAUUUGCCUGCCAGCAUGGAGUGA